AUGUCCAGCAGAAGGGAUGGUAGGCAUUCCGGUGUGAAGAUUUACGUUGGAAAUCUACCCAAGGAGGAAAAUAGAAUAAUUUCGGCCGAUAAAAUAAGCAAUCUUUUUUCUCGCUGUGGGACUGUUAACAAUAUAUGGAUAGCCAAGAAACCUCCCGGUUUCGCUUUCGUUGAAUACGCUGAUCAGCGUGAUGCCGAGGACGCCGUUAAAAGUUUAAAUAAAUAUGAGAUUGAACCCGACUAUCCAAUAGUCGUUGAAUUUUCUCACAGCAAUGGAAAUUAUAGGCGACCUAACCGAAAUUAUGGGCGCUACAAUGAUCGUCGUUCGCCCUACUAUUCAAGGUAUCGGUCAAGUUCUAGAUCAAGGACUCGCACUCGAUCCCGCUCUAGUUCUCGCUCUCGCUCCUAUUCGCGGGAUAGCAGCCGCAGUUGCCACCGUCGCAGAAGGGACCGCGAUAGUUACAGUCCAUACUCCCGAGAUCGCCGGCACUCUCGUCACUCGAGGCGCUGAGUUCUUUUGCUUCCGCCUUGUUAUCC